AUGUCCGGAAGCACAUCAUUCCAACCCCGUGUGGCCAUCAUCACUGGCGCCGCUCAAGGGAUCGGCAAGGAGAUCGCACUCAGACUAGCCCGGGACGGACUUGACGUAGCGGUGAAUGACAUCUCCAGCAAGAGCGAAGAGUUGGAACAGGUCGUGGCGCAAAUUCAGGACAUUGGUCGUCAAGCAAUAGCGUUGGUCGCGGACGUCUCUGAUGAAGAGCAAGUCAGAAAUAUGGUAGAGAAAACUGUUCAAAAGCUAGGAAGGCUAGACGUUAUGGUAGCAAAUGCAGGCAUUAGCGUUAGCGGUUCAAUCCUUGACAUGAAUAUGGAGCAAUGGAACCGUACAAUAAACAUCAAUUUGCAUGGAGUGAUGCUCUGCUACAAAUAUGCAGCGGAGCAGAUGGUCAAGCAAGGAACCGGCGGCAGGCUGAUCGGCGCUAGCAAGCUGUCAGCGUACUGUACAUCAAAGUUCGCCGUGCGGGGCCUGACACAAGCUCUUGCCCUUGAAUUGGCAGAACACAAGAUCACUGUCAACACGUAUGCCCCGGGCGUGAUCCUUACAUCAAUGACUAAUGACCCACUUCGCGAUCCUGUUCGCGGCGGAACCCAUGGUGCAUCGGCGAAGUUUAUAAUAGGGGUCCCACCAGACGGGCCGGACGCAGGACCAGAAGUCGUCGCGAGCAUUGUCUCUUACCUCGUCAAGCCAGAAGCAUACUUCAUCACAGGACAAUCAAUAUCAGUCGAUGGUGGCGUUCACAUGGACUGA